AUGAUCUCGCACCCCGCAGAAAAGGUCGCAGCGCCGACGCAGCUGCCAACUCGCCAAAGUACCGGCGCAAGCGGGUUGAGCGACGUGGCAGUGCCUGAGACGGACACGAGAGAGACCUCUGCUCUUCUUGAAGAGCGCCUGCGCGCAUGGAAGCAUGCAGUUGGAUACCUUGAGGAGUACAUUAGUGCAACAGAGAAGGCCCAGAAGGCACAUGCGAAAGAGUACGAGAGGGUCUUGAAGACCAUUCAAGAUCCUUUGAAGGAGGGUUAUCAUUUCGACCAGAGUCUUGGCGGUGUCGCUGGGCUUUUUGAGAAUAUGAGAGUAAACACCGAGAGCCUGGCCAACUCCCAUCUCGAAACCGAGAAAAACCUCAAGGGCACGGUUCUACCGAUCCUCGAGCGUCUUCACAAGGAGAUCAAGAACAAAUCCAAGGAGAUUUCGUCUGGUGUUGGAAAGGCGGCCAAGGAGAUCGAGAAGUUGCGCAACACGACCCAGAAGCACAUUGAGCUUUUAGGCCAGCAGAGCGCUGCUGCGGAAUCGUCCGGGAGCAAGGUUAACCCGCACGACGAUCCAUAUAUCACCCAACGAGGCAUUUACUACCGCCUCCACAAGCAAAUCCUGGAGGAGAACAACAACAGCCAGGAUCUGAUCAGCGUCCAGGAGAACUUUGCUGCCUUUGAGCACCACGUUGUCGAGGUCAUCCAGCAGGCGAUGGCAUCGUUCGUCCAGUACGUCGGCGGCCAGGUGCAGCGUAACCAGAACGCGUACACGGAUAUGCUGAGCAAUGUCCAGCGCAUUCCUCCGGACUUUGAGUGGAACGGCUUCAAGCAGCGUGAAGCUGAGACCCUUGUGGACCCCAGCUCCGCACCGCGCUCCAUCGAUGGCGUCACCUUCCCUAACCAGAACCACAAGUCCACCCAGCCGUUGCUCGAGGGCACUCUGGAGCGCAAGUCUCGCAACAUCCUUUCCAGCGGCUACUCCACUGGUUACUACGCCAUCACGAACGCUCUGUACUUGCACGGUUUCAAGGACAACGACAAUGUGCGCAAGGACCCAGAGCCGGAGGUUUCCAUCUACCUCCCCGACGCCGUCGUCGGCGUCCCGAACGGCGAGAAGUUCCAUGUCAAGGGCAAGGACGUCUCCAAGGGCUUCAGCAGCAAGCUCGCCGGAACAUCCGAGCUCAACUUCAAGGCCCACACCGCCAACGAUGCCGAGAAGUGGGUUGAGGUUAUCAAGAUGGCCGCUGGCGCCAAUGCCGCAAGGGCUCCAUACUCCUCGGGCCCUUCAUCCCCUAUCUCGCCUACUACUCAGAAACAGGCUAGUAUCGGCUUGAUAGGUGAGGCUGCCCCGGUUGCGGAGACGAAGGCCGUCGAGGCGGCCCAGGAGCAAGGUGUUACGGCUGCUCACCCCGCUCCGCUGAAGAUUGAGGAGGGUGUUACGGGAGGGAAGACUGUUGCGAGCCCGACUGCUGUGGCUCCUUCGGCGACGGGGGCUGUUGUUGGGACUGAUAAGACUACGAUGCCCCCUGUUGAGUAA